AUGGUCAGCAUGGUCGAGACCUCGUGGCCGCCAAAAUCCCCUCGGGAGGCUCUUCUCAGCUCCCCGAGCGGUCGCAGGAAGUUUCAGGAAAUGCAACGCCGUGGAGAAGUCUUCGGGUCGCCGUUAAAACACUCAAGCACGACGCCAAACCUCCGAAGUAAAACGGAACGCCUCCUGGAAGAUGGAGUAGAAGAUCUCGACGAGGACGAGGACGAGGAAACACUACAAUUGAAACUGGCGGCCAUUCAGGCGCGCUUAAAGCUGAAGCAACUACAAAAGAGCCGCGGAAAGUCCUCUACGCCAGGACCCGAUGCACACGAGGAGAAUGAGCCUUUUCCCCGACCGGCCUCGAGUUUCUCAUCGCGGGCCCAUGAUUUUCAUACAAAAAGUCAGAAUACGAGGUUACCGCCAGAUGAGGUUCAGGUCCCGCUGUCGCCAACAAGACGACUAGCUCCGGCGGCUGAUCCGGUGUCUCCCCGGCGCAUUAUUCUCGGAGAUAAAGGACGGAAAGCCAGCGACGUCUCACUCAAACGACCUCCCCCGUUGAAGUCCACCAGCCGACCAACAAGUCGGUUAGGCAGUCGAGAUGGACCCAUAUCCCAGACACAGUCAUUUCCAGGCGCAGACGGAAACAGGCCCAAGAGCUUUAGCGAGCGUAUGGCUGAAAGCAGGUCGGCUGACAAACUCCGAAAGGAACGAGCAGAAAGACUUCAGGUCAACCGCAGUUCGGCAUUUCAAUUCGACAAGAACGAAGUAGAAGGAUUUAAGGCAGCAGCAGCCGAGGCCAGAGCGAAAUCUCCCGUUAGAUCGCCAACGAGGAACCGGCAGGCCGAAAGCUUUAGUCGUGAGGAUGUCCUACGAUCAUAUCAUGACCGCAAGCCGCCGGCUCUCAAAAGGAGCUUGACCGCGCCCAGUGCACAUAAAACCGGUGCAGAGGCCGGUUCCACGGCGUCAAGGUCCCAAUUUCAUAAGCGUAACCACAAUUCCGAAUCAGGCGCCUUUGCGUUCCCGGAUGGCUCCUCUCAGGCUGGGAGCGAGAGAGAAAAAAUUUCGGACAAGGCGCCCGAUGCAUCGAAAUUUGAAGCCUUCUCUUCCUUGCAUCUUUCAAACCGCAUUUUACCUCAUUCCUUUCUUUCUCGAACACUUGCCGACAAAAAGGUUCUGCAAAUUCCAGACCUCCUUCGGACGGUAAAAGGUCCUGCCUUCGAGUUACCAGAAGAUGUCGAUUGCGACUUCGUUGUAUUUGGCAUUGUGGCUUCCAAGUCAGAUCCCAAAGAAAAGAAAGAAUCAAAGAACAUUUCUGGGAAGGAGGCUGACCCCUUCGACGACGGACUGAAUAAUUCAAAUCGCUACAUGGUCAUCACACUCACCGACCUCAAAUGGAGUAUCGAUCUUUUUCUUUUCGACACUGCGUUUCCGCGUUAUUACAGGCUCUCAGAAGGUAUCCUCGUGGCCAUUUUGAACCCUACGAUCAUGCCACCCCCGAGAAACAAGCUUGACACAAACAAGUUCAGCCUUGCGCUUUCGUCUUCGGAUGACACAGUAUUAGAGGUAGGCUAUGCGCAGGACAUCGGGUUCUGUAAGGCUGUUAGAAAGGACGGCAAGACCUGUCAUUCGUGGGUGGACGGCCGAAAAACCGAAUUUUGCGACUUUCAUGUUGAUCUUCAGGUUCGUCGCACGCAAUCCCAGCGCAUGGGUGUCAACGGUGGAACCGGCAUGUUCGGCCCCGGGGGUAGUUCGGGUACGCGGACUGGCUUCUGGGGUGGAGGGAAAAGAGGAGGAACUGGGGCUGGGGCAGGGUCUGGGGCAGGUAACAGGAACGGUCUGAAACCCAAUGGUGCCCAAUAUGACAUGCAAACUCAGUCAACAUACUAUGUUGCACCGGCUCCCAAAUCGGGAAACGAAAGCAGCCAUGCCUUUGCCCACAGGCAUCUCGGACAAUCUGCGGCCAGUCUGAUUGAUGCCGACGACGAUGACCCUUUCAUAGCGGCCGGCAUGAUGGGCCGUGGCGCUCAAAGCAAAGAAGAGAAAUUCCGAAAACGCCUCAUGGAGCAGAGACGAGAACGAGAAAUCAUAAAGAAGCUCUCUGCGUCUCGCGGCCCCGGAAUAGGUUCUGAAUACAUGCGUGCUCGUAACGCGGAAAAUGUCCCAUCGCAGCAGGCAGAAAAAUCCUCGCAGGAUAAGGGAAGGCCAGCUGGCGCUAGCCAACACGCCUACAAUCUUGGCCUGAUGGGAGUGCGCAGGGCGGACAAUGUUAAACUAACACCGUUGAAGCGCACCCAUGAUGGCGAUCGACCGCAUGGCAGCGGCGUGAAAAAGACCCGGUUCAUCACGGCCAAGGGCAUCAAAGAAGCCGGUAGAGACAGUCUGGGAGGCCAGACCGAGGCCGUGAACCAACAUACUUAUGACGACGAUGACGAUGACGACGAUCUAGAAAUUAUCUAG